UUUUCCCGGCUCUUCUUCCAGAGCUAUUGUACUUCUUCGCUCUUGCUUCUUCCGGAGCAUUUCGCCAACCAUUAUCAUUCCUCUCACGAACUCCCACUCUCAUCAAAGUUCAAGUCAAUUCCUAUUAUCCCUUUCAUCUCCAACUCAACUUGAUUGUCCUGUCGUCAUGUUCGCCAAUUCGAGGGCAUUUGUAUACUCUGUUUAACCGAGCAUCGAUCAAUGGCGAGGCGUUGGGUCGUUUUGGCGGUCAUUUUCGCGGUUCUAUUUUGUGGGUUUUCUUCAGUUUCUGCUGUACCCACAAAAAUUGUUGCUGGGGCUUUGUCCAAGGCGGUUUCAGCUCUUGUGAAUUGGAUAUGGACGAUCACCUCGGCCUCUAAUACUGUGGUUUCUACCCGUUCCAUGAUUAAAUUUGAGAGGGGAUAUGUUGUUGAGACUUUGCUUGAUGGUAGUAAGAUGGGAAUUGAGCCUUACUCUGUGGGGGUAUCUCCUAGUGGGGAGCUUCUGAUUUUGGAUGCUGAAAAUAGUAAUGUUCACAAGAUCUCUAUGCCAGUUUCUCAAUUUUGCAGGCCCAAGCUGUUUGCAGGAUCAUCGGAAGGAUACUCUGGACAUGUAGAUGGAAAGCUAAGGGAUGCAAGAAUGAGCCAUCCAAGAGGCUUAACCGUGGAUCAAAGAGGAAAUAUUUACAUUGCCGAUACAAAGAACAAGGCUAUAAGAAAAAUUAGUGAUGCCGGAGUUACAACGAUAGCUGGUGGAAAAUGGAGGAAAAGUGGCCAUCUUGAUGGUCCAAGUGAAGAUUCGAAGUUCUCAAACGAUUUUGAUGUGGUUUAUGUAGGAAGUAGUUGCUCACUUCUGGUAGUCGACAGAGGAAACCAGGCAAUUCGGGAAAUUCAACUUCGCGCCGAGGAUUGUACUGAGUAUGAUGGUAGCUUCCUCCUAGGAAUGGCUCUGCUGACUGCUGCCAUGCUUUUGGGCUACAUGUUGGCACGUUUUCAAUUUCGAGUGUUGGCCACGUUUUCUUCUAAAAAUGAUUCAAGAGUUGGCUCGAGGAACAUUCCAUCAAUUCCUCCGUAUGGUAGGGUCGAGAAAUCAGUCAGGCGUCCAUUGAUUCCUAGUGAAGAGGAAGAAGAUAAUCAGCCAGAAGAGAAUAUCAUUUGUUCCCUUGGCAAGCUUUUCCUCAACACUGGUUCAUCCGCAGCUGAAAUCUUUGUGGCAUUGCUUCUUGGAGCUAGGAGAAAGGCGUCGGACUCACACAGCCGGGAGCAUUAUCAAGUAAACAAACAUGCACCGUCACGGUUUGGCGUGCAGGAAAACUUUGCAGCCUCAUAUGGCCGUGAAACGCUGGAAACAAUGACCAGGAAACCUUACUCUUGUUCAACAACCCGACUUGAAAGCGUCCAGCGUUACAAGCGCAUUUGGGGGGACAACGGUGGACGGGAAGAACAACCAUAUCCAUCCAGUCCAAAGAUGUUUUACAACAGGAGCAGUGAGAGAAAUGAGGUUGUGUUUGGGGAAGUACAGGAGGAAGAGCAACUGUGUGAACAAAAUAAAGAGAAAUGCUGUGUUGGUGGUGGUGGCUGUGUGGAAGGGAGAUCCUUCAGCAACAACAAACAUGAAAAUGCUUUUGUUACAGAAAAAAGGAGAAUAAGAGGUUAACAAUUGAUUGGUUUCUCAACAUGAGUUUUAUGGUGUUAUGAGUUUAUAAAUUCUUUUAUUAAAAACAAAAAGAAUAAAAGUUUAUAUAAAAAUUUACUUAAA